AUAAAAGACGGAUGCAGUCAUUUUUAAAUAAAUAAAAAUGUGCUAACGUUCAACAGUAAUAUUUCACACUUUGAUUAAUCAGAUCGCUAAAUCACUUUAAUCAUUUAGAACUUAGAAAUUCAACUAGAUUGUAAAUAUUCAAAUAUCUAUUUAUAAAUUUUUUAAAAACUUAUUCAAAUUUUUGGAAUUUAAUUUUAAGUGGGCUGGUUUUGACGCAAGAUCAAAAAUGAAAUCAGUUUCAUCAUUAUCAUUCAGUGAUUUGGAGUGUCAUCUUAGUUCAUCGGCUCUAUCGCCUUUAUCAUCAGCCAUAAAGUGUGCAUGGGCUGUUUUGCAUCAGACGUAUGACACAUACAGCGAAGAAGAGGUUUGCAUUGGAUUUACUGGUGGGAAAGACUGCACAGUUGUUUUACAUUUAAUGCUAGCAUAUUUAAAACAACGUUUCAAUUAUGAAUUUCCAAAAGUAACUGGAUUAUAUUUAAAAGGUGCUGAUCCAUUUCCUGAAACAGAGAAAUUUAUUGAUGAAUGUCAAAAAAACUUUAAUGUAAAAAUGAUUGUGAUUGAUAGCUGUAUUAAAGAUGGUUUACUAAAACUUAAAAAGACCCAUCCGUUCAUAAAAUCUAUUGUAAUGGGAACACGCCGUCACGAUCCUUACUCACUAUCAUUACGCCCCUUUUCUCUAACAGACUCCGACUGGCCACAAUACAUGCGUAUUAUGCCAAUAUUAGAUUGGACUUAUGGUGAGGUGUGGGAAUUCCUUAAUAUAUUUCAACUUCCAUAUUGUACACUUUAUGAUGAAGGAUAUACAUCAAUCGGAUACACAAUUAACACUCAUAAAAAUCCUUAUUUACAGUUAUCAAAUGGCAAAUAUUUGCCAGCAUAUAAUUUAGAAAAUGUAACUUCUGAACGUGUUGGUAGAAAAAACUAGUAGUUUAUUUUUUACUGAAGGUUUGUAUGUUUAAAAUAUAACAUUUGUUUAUUAACUAUAUUUCUGUUAGAAUUAUUAAAUUAUUCGAUGUAUUCUGGUUUUUAUGGAGAUUGUUUUAAUAUUAUGGAGAUUGUUCUAAUAUUACUACUAAUAAUAAAUCUAAGAAUAUUUAAGUAGAUAAUUUAAUGUAGUAAAA